AAAGAUACCACCACUCUAAAUCUGCUGUCUGUAUUAGCUACAGCAGAUAGUAAAUACCGUCAGAAAUUUAUAUUAAACGCUUUUUUACGUGGUCAGUAAAAUGGCUUGGCUAGGAAAAAUAAUAAAACGGAUAGGGAGCAAUGCGAGCACUGCUACCACAACGGACACUACACGAGACGGACUUAUACACUACAGGGAGCCAACGGCUACCACAACGGACACUACACGGAGCGGUGGCGCAGCCGAACCAGUUAACGAUGAAGGCGCAGCGGAGAUCAUUGGCUGGAGUAUGCAGUACCGCUAUUCACACGCCGACUACAUUGGCAAAGGAACCUUUGGUACUGUUUACAAAGCCAAAGUUACGCAGCCCGGCAGUUACACGGGAGAGGAUGUUGUCGCUGUCAAAGUGAUACAAACGGCUGCGGCUGAUGGGCAACAAAGCUGGAAAGACGCCUUGGCAAGAUUGAGAAGGCUCACUCAACUUUCUAACAAAUAUUUGGUGGCUUAUCACAAGAUUUCUAUCUUCACAGCUCCCGGAGGAGCUACCGUGGAGCUGGCAAUGGACUACCUCAAAGGUGAUCUUGCGUCCUUUCUGAAGGAAACUAUGCGAAAUGAAGAUUUACUGAACCGUUAUACUCGCAGAAGUAUCAUUAAGUUCACAAUCCACAUUGCUCGUGGACUGGAGUUCCUACAUCGGAAUAGCAUAAUUCAUGGCGAUUUAAAGCCUGAAAACAUCCUCGUGAAAGUGGUGGGAAACGACCGGGAAAGGCUUCUGAUCGGCGAUUUAGACGACCUAGUUGAAAUGCGCGGAAACGCAACUUGUUCCGCAGAUAUAUCGCAGAUUCGCGGCACAACACGGUACAUGUCACCAGAAAUGCUGAGGAAAUUUACGCAAACAGCGAACGAGCCACCAGGAAGGAAAACAGAUAUUUGGAGUCUGGGCUGCAUCAUGCUGGAAAUGACUGAACGCCUUCACAGAAUCGAAACAAAGCGACUCGUCAAGGACAAGGAGAUUGUAGAAUCUGGAAGCAACAUUUCGAACCAGCUAUAUGCCAGUUUAAUCAUCGAUGGUUUCGUGCCACUGGUGGGAGAUGAAAUUGAGAAAAAUUUGGCGCGUCUUAUCCGACAAUGUCUAUUUCCAGUUAGUAAAGACAGAAUUCGGGCGGACCAACUACUGCAGACUUUUAGGCAACAAGACAACAAGCAAGUAAUAGUGCUGUUCCCGUAUUCCAGAGACGGUUUCACCCUGAAAAAUGUUGUUUUAUUUGAUGUUUUAUCCGGCUCGUUUAAUAUUCAAGAUGUGCCUAAACUGCCAUCAGCAUCGGUGGAUUUCUGUGCCGUUUUAAAAUGGAAAAAAACAGAAAUGGUGUUGGUACAACGAGAAAGGAUCGAUAAGCACCGUACGGUUGCAAAUUAUGGGUUUCUUUUCUGGAAUGUUGUGCAAAGGACAUGGCGCAACACAAUGACUACUUUGAGAUAUAAGAAACUCCCUCCAAGCUGUAUUAUAACGAACGCCAAAAAAAUUUAUUAUUUGGAUGAGAGAGGGAACUUCGAAGAAAUCGACGGUUCUAAUGGCAGCAGACAACCUUUGGAAAGCGCUUUCAAUCAUAUGAGUUUUCCAGAUCAAGUUGCAGUGACUAAAUGUGGCCAGUACAUAUUUUACGCUACAAAGAUCGGCUUGUGUCAAUAUGACAUUGUGAACAAAGAAUGGCGAAUGCUGCCGGAUUUUCCCAAGCCACGAGGGGGCUUUGCAAUGGCUGUGGUAAACGAAUACGUUUACGUUUUAGGCGGGUUUUUCGCUUUGACAGAUGGCAACCCUGGCCGUCAAGAUUUUAAUGAAACAGCUGACUGCAUUCGUCUAAGCGUGCAUGGACAUUCUAGUGCUCGUGCAUGGAAGAAGAUAAAGCCGCUUUCGCAACCGAGGUUUUAUCAUGCCGCUUGCGUCGUCAACGAUAGGAUAUACGUGUGCGGUGGCAGAUACGCCAAUCUAGAGCACGCGUUCGUAAUAGAGUCUUAUGACACCAAAAACAACGCAGGAUGGUUCUCCGGUAACUUGUUAGAAAAUGAUAUACAGCUGUUGUCGAAUUUUGUUGCAGAGAUAAAGGAAUGGUAUAAUCACAUAUCGGCAGUGACAGUUAGUGUGGAUAAUGAAACUGUAAUCGAGUUUGCCGGUUGAAUUCCACAUUUUCAUCUAGCAGUUCACUUGUGAAAUGCGUCGGAAAAUGUCAUUCCGUUAGUAAAUAUGUCUAAAGGUUCGAAAGCACAGAGUAAAUUGACUUAAAAGUGCUACGGUUUGAGGAAGGGCGUGCUUGCAAAUUCAUUUUGCCCAACAGGAUUCAAUUAUUAUUAUUAAUUAUUAUUAUUACAUCAG